CCGCCGCUGCCUCGCUCCCAGCCCGGUCCCCAUGGAAGAGAUGGAAGAAGAGUUAAAAUGCCCCGUGUGCGGCUCCUUCUACAGGGAGCCCAUCAUCCUGCCCUGCUCUCACAAUUUAUGUCAGGCGUGCGCCCGCAACAUCCUGGUGCAAACCCCGGAGUCUGAGUCCCCUCAGAGCCGUCGGGCCUCGGGCUCCGGGGUCUCGGACUAUGACUAUCUGGACCUGGACAAGAUGAGCCUGUACAGCGAGGCGGACAGCGGCUACGGCUCCUACGGGGGUUUCGCCAGCGCCCCCCCUUCCCCGUGCCAGAAGUCCCCCAACGGCGUCCGCGUGUUUCCCCCGGCUAUGCCGCCACCGCCCACCCACCUGUCACCGGCCCUGGCCUCGGUGCCCCGCAAUUCCUGCAUCACCUGCCCCCAGUGCCACCGCAGCCUCAUCCUGGAUGACCGGGGGCUCCGCGGCUUCCCCAAGAAUCGCGUCCUGGAGGGGGUAAUCGACCGCUACCAGCAGAGCAAAGCCGCAGCCCUCAAGUGCCAGCUCUGCGAGAAGGCGCCUAAGGAGGCCACCGUCAUGUGCGAACAGUGCGAUGUCUUCUACUGUGACCCGUGCCGCCUACGCUGCCACCCGCCCCGGGGGCCGCUAGCCAAGCACCGCCUGGUACCCCCGGCCCAGGGCCGUGUGAGCCGGCGGCUGAGCCCGCGCAAGGUCUCCACCUGCACAGACCACGAGCUGGAAAACCACAGCAUGUACUGCGUGCAGUGCAAGAUGCCCGUGUGCUACCAGUGCUUGGAGGAGGGCAAACACUCCAGCCACGAAGUCAAGGCUCUGGGGGCCAUGUGGAAACUGCACAAGAGCCAGCUUUCCCAGGCGCUGAAUGGACUGUCAGACAGGGCCAAAGAAGCCAAGGAGUUUCUGGUGCAGCUGCGCAACAUGGUCCAACAGAUCCAGGAGAACAGUGUGGAGUUUGAAGCCUGUCUGGUGGCCCAAUGUGACGCCCUCAUAGACGCCCUCAACAGAAGGAAAGCUCAGCUGCUGGCCCGCGUCAACAAGGAGCACGAGCACAAGCUGAAGGUGGUUCGAGAUCAAAUCUCUCACUGCACAGUGAAACUGCGCCAGACCACAGGUCUCAUGGAGUACUGCUUGGAGGUGAUUAAGGAAAAUGAUCCUAGUGGCUUUCUGCAGAUUUCUGAUGCCCUCAUAAGAAGAGUGCACCUGACUGAGGAUCAGUGGGGAAAAGGCACGCUCACUCCCAGGAUGACCACGGACUUUGACUUGAGUCUGGACAACAGCCCUCUGCUGCAAUCCAUUCACCAGCUCGACUUCGUGCAGGUGAAAGUGUCCUCUCCAGUCCCAGCCACCCCCAUCCUACAGCUGGAGGAAUGUUGCACCCAUAACAACAGCGCUACAUUGUCCUGGAAACAGCCGCCUCUGUCCACGGUGCCCGCAGACGGAUACAUUCUGGAGCUGGAUGACGGCAGUGGUGGUCAGUUCCGGGAAGUGUAUGUUGGAAAGGAGACGAUGUGCACCGUGGAUGGUCUUCACUUCAACAGCACAUACAAUGCUCGAGUCAAGGCCUUCAACAAAACAGGAGUCAGCCAGUACAGCAAGACCCUGGUCCUCCAAACGUCUGAGGACACAGAUUCAGAAGAACAGACCCUCCCUUUUCCAGUGCCUUCGGAAAGAUUGCCGCUCCGUAGAAUGAGUCCUUUCUCCUCUACCCUUAAUCUACAACCCAGCUUUCCCGGGAGAUCCUACUUUGAUUUGCGAUCCUCACCCCACCAGCUGAGCUUGCAUUCCUCUUUACAGUCUCUCAAUACACCGGGAUGCAAUUUUGAGACACAAUCUGCACCUUACUCUCAAUUAGUUGACAUUAAAAAGCUGUUGGCAGUGGCCUGGUUUGCUUUCGACCCUGGCUCAGCACACUCAGACAUCAUCUUCUCCAAUGACAACCUGACAGUGACCUGCAGUAGCUAUGACGACCGAGUGGUGCUGGGGAAGACUGGCUUCUCCAAGGGUGUCCACUACUGGGAGCUAACAGUAGAUCGCUAUGACAACCAUCCCGACCCUGCCUUCGGCGUGGCUCGCAUGGACGUGAUGAAGGAUGUGAUGUUAGGAAAGGACGACAAAGCUUGGGCAAUGUAUGUGGACAAUAACCGGAGCUGGUUCAUGCACAACAACUCGCACACCAACAGAACUGAGGGAGGGAUCACAAAAGGGGCCACAAUUGGAGUCCUCCUCGACUUAAAUAGGAAAACCUUGACAUUUUUUAUCAAUGAUGAACAGCAAGGUCCUAUUGCAUUUGAGAACGUGGAGGGCCUGUUCUUCCCUGCAGUCAGCCUGAACAGGAACGUGCAGGUCACGCUUCACACCGGGCUCCCAGUCCCCGACUUCUACUCCAGCCGAGCAUCGAUAGCGUAAGGAUGAGCUGUGGAGGCACCAGCUGCCUACUCUUACCUCUGCCUGAGAGUGACGGCAAGGAGCUCAGCCAGCCAUGGUGGGAUGCAGAGAUGGAAGGAGAGGGGAGAGGAGGGAGGAAAGCUGGUCCUCUGCAGUCGCACACCCACUGCUCUGCCCCAUCCCUUCCAACCUCCCCACCACUGUCCUGCCCGCAUUUGCUCCACGUCCAGCAAUUCUAACCAACAAAGGACCUAGAUAGCCCACCUCAUCACUUCAUUUUCAUUUCCGGAUUUUGCUUUUAUUUGGCUUAAUUUUUUUUUAUGUAGGUAAGUUAGUUAUAUUUCGUUUCCUUUCUGAUCAUGUUACUGGUGACUGACUGAACUGGCACUGCCAAAAGAACAAUUCUUUUCUUAAGCUUUUUGUCAAACAAAGAGCUUGUAGAUGGGGGUAGGGAAGGGAGAGCUAGAUUGAGAGCGUGCGGUUGAACUCCUAGAACUCCUAGAAUGUUCCUGCCCUGUUAUCACUCAUGAAUGCUAGCUCUGCACAGCUCACCUCUGGAGGGGGGCAGAGUGAAUUAGGAAGUUUUAUUACCCGUUGAAGCACAGAAAUGUCAUCUCCACAUCUUCACAGCAAGGCAAGGUCAUUAGGAUACCCUGUAAUUAGGACAGGCCAGAAACCCUGGCUAUUGUAUGAGACUGGAAAGUCCCUCUACAUAGGCAGAUCAGGGAACUGAAUGAUUUGGUUCAUUUAUUUAAUACAACUUUUUAAUUGAGAACCUACUAUGGACCAGGCACUGUUCGAAACACUCCAAUAGUGUUCCAGACACUGUGUGAACAGCCAGGCAUAGUCUCUGCCCUUCUGGAGCUUGUUCUAGUAGGGAAACAAAGCAAAAAUAAAAUAAUUACGAAUCAUCAUACGUACGAGAAACAAAAUAAGCAAGGGACAAAGAGGCUCAUUGGCAAGAUCUUUCAAGUUCCCUAGAAUGAUGCUAACCAUCAGAAACAUACCAGCCCAAUGCCUUUUUCAAUUGUGCUAUUUUAACUGUGGUACCUGCUGCCACGCAUCAAAGCCCUUCUUUGGUAGAAAUGAUGCCAGCGUUCUCACUUGUGAAUGCUACAAUGAAAUGCCUUAAAAAUGGAUGGAAAAAUACAUAUAGGUGGUGACCAGAGGGCAGAAGAUCCAUCCUCAAUAAUGGGGAAUCUUAAAUUGCAGUCCACGGCAUUCACGUUCUCAGGAUAAACAUGCUCGUCUCCAUGUAACUAUCUGUGCCUCUUACAAAUGAGAAAUUCACCAAUCUGCUGCCAUUCACAACCUAAUUUUCUGGAGUAGUUCAUAUAAUGUGUGAAAGAAAAUGAAAUUACAUGUCAUCACUAUGACUGAUAGAAUAAUAGUGCAUAUUACUUCUACCUGGAGAUGGACUUACGUAAGUUACUUUUCAGAUUUCGUAGGUCGACAUGUUUUAGCAAAGACCUAGAAAGAAGUUCUGAUUCAUUGUUGAGUCACAGUGAGUGAGCCAAGAAACUUACCAUGAAAAAACUAAGCUAACAAAGAGAAGGGAAGAGGUAGGAUGGGAAAGUUAACAAAUUAAAGUGCUGGCAAAAAGUAGUAUGUGUAAAUAGCUCAUUAUUUACGGUUGUGCUUUUCUUAUUUAGAUUUUUUUCUAUUAGUUACUAUGUUUUUCUAGUUAAGUGUACCUAAUUUAUUGAAGGGGUGCUAUCCUGUUUAUGUCCAUCUUGGAUUUUUUGUUUUUCGUUUUGUUUUGUUUGGCUACAGAAAACUCUGUUGCAGGCAACACUAGUUUGAUAUUUGAUUUACUCUCCCAUGAGACUCGAUGGCUGGGCCGCUGUAGACUCAUAGUUCCUCUUGUUCUUUAUUAAAGUCAACCUGCUAAUUAGAUUUCUAGUGAUGUGUAACAUGUAGUUUACACUGACUUGCAAUUAUAGAUGCAUACAGCUACUGUACUAGAAAAAAAAAUGGUCAUUUCUGGUGUGCCAAUAAAUGAUUUUUAUGAGAGCAUAAAGUGACUCUUGAGAACUUCUUAGUCUCUGCCUGUUUGGGCUGGCAAUUCCCCUUUUUCAGAGCAACAUUUCUUCAGCAAAAGGUAAUUGGAAAGUCUCCAGGGCCCUUGGAAGCACGUGCUCUUCACUCCGUUUUCUCAGGAGCGUGGCUCUGCCUCCUGGAAUUACUUACCUCCUGAACCUUAACUUGACGGAAUUGCCCUGGUAUAGCUGCCUGUGAAGUCUGUCUGCAAGCACCGAGACUUAUUUAA